UGUGAGUUUAUGCGAGGGGACACACACAAAUAAUCAGUGCGUCAAGCGAUUAUCGAUGGAAUAAAUCGGUGUUUCGUUUAGUUGGGAGAGUUUUGUACUGGAAUCUUUUUCGCGGCGGUUUGAUUUUCUUUAUUCGUUCGAUAGCUGCCGCGUUCCCGGUGCGCGUCGCGAACAUGAAUAAUAGGAUCGUCACCGCGAUACUGGUGGAACAUCGUCCGAACCUAGUAACAGUGUAAUUCAGAAAUGGAAAAUUAAAUUAAGGCACCACAGAGUGGACAAAUGAUUUUUAUACACCGUUAGCUGGUGAUCGACGAUCAAAACGGGUGGCUGUUGUCGCGUGUCCCGAACGUGCAGCGAUACCGUUUUCGAACGCAGAGUCUCAGCAUGGUGAUACGAUUGUAAUUACCAAUUCGCAGCUACCCGCGUUGCACUCGCUCGCAUUUGCUCGGCCGCGCGAAGAUACUUAACACUGUCUGUCCUUAUGAGUAUCAUUUGAAGUACAGUGGAAGUAGUAAUCUGUAAAUUUUGCUCAAAGGAGGAUGCCAGUAACUAAACGUAUACCAUGCCCCUCGCGAUCUGACGGUGGUAGCAGUGAAAGUCCAUUACUUGUGGAAGAAGGCGAAACAGUCGGUGCCCCUCAUAGUCCACGCAGUAAACAUAACCAUAGUCAUACACAUGCUAAUCCUCAUAGGUCCCAUAGUUAUCGCCAUGAGAAACCAAAACAGCUAAUAAAAUAUGGAGAACUAGUUAUUCUUGGAAACGCAAUCUGCAGAUACAAUGGAUUCCUGCCACCGGGCGAUCGAGGAAGACGUAGGAGUAAGUUCGUUCUAUUUAAGAGGCCUGUACCGAACGGCGUGAAGCGAAGUAAACACUAUAUCGUCAAAACACCUCACAGUUCGCAAGCUAUCCUUAAUACGAAGCAACAUUCGAUUUCAUACACAUUGUCACGAACGCAAGCCGUGAUCGUGGAAUAUACUGAAGAUGACGGGACUGAUAUGUUUCAGGUCGGACGUUCCUCCGAAUCUCCAAUCGACUUCGUCGUUAUGGACACGUGCGCAGGUGGGAACGACGGAUCGAACGAAGGACGCGUCGCUCAGAGCACAAUUAGCAGGUUUGCUUGUCGAAUUCUAGCUGAUCGGUCGGAUCACAGAAUCGCAAGAAUAUAUGCAGCAGGGUUUGACAGUUCAAGGAAUAUCUUCUUAGGGGAAAAAGCAACCAAGUGGCAAGAGAACCGUGAGAUCGACGGCCUCACGACGAAUGGCGUGUUGAUAAUGCAUCCGCGAGGUCAGUUUUGCGGUGGCGAGGCUCAGUGCGGUUUCUGGAGGGAAGUCAGCGUGGGUGGUGGUGUGUUUUCGUUAAGGGAAAGUCGAAGCGCCCAACAAAAAGGGAACGUUGUGGAAGAUGAAAGUAAUAUCUUACAAGACGGAACGUUGAUUGACCUGUGCGGUGCUACGUUGCUUUGGAGAUCGGCUGAAGGUCUUGCUAAGUCACCGACAAAACACGACUUGGAGGAGUUGGUUGACGCUAUAAACGCGGGGAGACCGCAAUGUCCAGUCGGUUUGAAUACAUUAGUCAUACCACGUAAAGCAGCUGCCGAUUCUGCACAGCAACAACCGUACGUUUACUUGAAGUGUGGACAUGUACAAGGCCACCACGACUGGGGUCAAGAGAAGGAUAAAGCGACGAGAAGAUGCCCAAUGUGUUUAGUAGCUGGUUCGGUAGUCAAACUUUCUAUGGGAAUAGAACCCGCGUUUUAUGUCGAUUGUGGCCCACCUACUUAUGCAUUUAGGCCUUGUGGACAUAUGGCUACGGAGAAAACUGUCAAGUAUUGGGAAAAAGUCGCGAUACCGCAUGGGACUAAUGGUUAUAUUGCAAUUUGUCCAUUUUGCGCGGUCCCCCUUGAAGGAACACCGGGAUACGUGAAACUGAUUUUCCAAGAUAAUGUAGAUUGAGGUUCGUUUACCGUGUACGUAACCGAUCGUGAGUAUGUGUAGACAUUAUUAACUUCUUAUAAAGUGCAAGGAUUAUUAAAAUUAAUAAAAUGUAAAUAAUCUUAAUACAAGUAUAUAA